GACGAGAGGCGCGGGCGUCGAAAGGCUUGCCGGCCUCGAUACAAAACAAUUAAAAUAAUAAUUUCUACAUAAGUGUGUGUGUUUGUGUAACAAUGAGUGAAGAAAACGCAGUGUCGGAUGAUUUGAAACGACAGGCGGCUAUGUUUUAUAAUUCCACGGAAAGAGAUCAACCCAGAAUCAAAGAGCAUACUGAGCAAAGCACAUCAUGGCGGUUCUGGAGGAAGAGGCGGUUGGUGGUCUCCCUACUGGCAUUCUUCGGUUUUUUCAACGUGUACGCUCUGAGGGUGAACCUGUCAGUCGCUGUGGUGGCCAUGACGGAGCCGAUGGAGACGGAACUCGAGAACGGGACUAUAGUUUAUGUGCCAGAAUUCGACUGGAGUUCCCAAACAAAGGGUCUAGUGCUGAGCUCGUUCUUCUAUGGCUACAUCAUUACACAGCUACCUGGUGGAUGGUUGGCGGCUAAAAUAGGAGGUAACAGAAUGUUCGCGAUCGGCGUGGGUAUGACGUCACUGCUGACUCUCUUCACCCCGCCGCUAGCACACACCAGCACCGGUCUCCUUAUUGCUGUUAGAGUUAUAGAAGGAUUAUUUGAGGGUGUGACAUACCCAUGUAUACACGCAGUAUGGUCAUCUUGGGCACCGAGCGGUGAAAGAGCAAGGCUAGCCACUUUUGCCUUUAGUGGUAGUUACGUAGGAACAGUAGUUGCUAUGCCUGUGUGCUCUCUGUUGGCACAUUAUACGGGCUGGCCAGGGAUUUUUUACGUUUUUGGAAUAAUGGGUUUGGUGUGGACGACAAUUUGGUGGAUUGUAGUCAAAGAGUCACCGGAGAAGGAUCCGCAUAUAACAGCCGCUGAACUUAAAUAUAUACAGGAGUCCCGCGGCACGACAGUAUCGGGGUCGCAGGUUCGACACCCGUGGCGGGCGAUGCUCACUUCGGGCCCGGUGUGGGCUAUCGUGGCCGCACAUUUCAGUGAAAACUGGGGUUUCUACACUUUGCUGACGUUUCUGCCUACUUUUAUGCAAGACGUAUUUAAAUUCAAAACGUCCCAAACGGGCUGGCUAUCUGCCGUGCCAUAUGUGGCUAUGGCCAUCGUGCUACAAGUGGCUGGCCACGUGGCUGAUUGGAUGCUAAAAGUCGGCUUAUUAUCGCGCACCAAUAUACGAAAACUGUUUAAUUGUGGCGCGUUUUUAUCCCAGACGAUAUUCAUGGUAGCAGCGGCGUAUGCAGGCAGUGUGAUCGGUUGCAUCGUGUGUCUUACAAUAGCUGUUGGUCUGGGAGGUUUCGCCUGGUCUGGAUUUAGUGUAAACCAUCUAGACAUAGCCCCGCCUCAUGCCAGCGUUUUAAUGGGAUUGUCUAAUACUAUAGCGACUUUACCCGGUAUUGUGAGUCCACCACUUGCUGGAUCUAUUGUUACUGAUAAGUCAGCAGAACAAUGGCGUAUAGUGUUCUUCAUAUCGAGUGCUGUAUAUCUGCUCGGAGCAAUUAUUUACUACAUAUUUUGUUCUGCGGAAAAACAACCGUGGGUCCUCGAAAUUGAUAACGAUGCCAGUUUCGAUACAGACGCAGCUUCCGUAACUACAGCGAGAGGAUAUGAUAAUAAAGCUAUGGAUACACAUUCUGAAAUGUAAUAAAUAAA